GUUUGCUGGGAUGGGAAACCUGCUCAAAGUCCUUACCAGGGAAAUUGAAAACUAUCCACAUUUUUUCCUGGAUUUUGAAAAUGCCCAGCCCACAGAAGGAGAGAGGGAAAUAUGGAACCAGAUCAGCGCCGUCCUCCAGGAUUCCGAGAGCAUCCUCGCAGACCUGCAGGCUUACAAGGGCGCGGGGCCAGAGAUCCGAGACGCAAUUCAAAAUCCCAAUGACAUUCAGCUUCAAGAAAAAGCUUGGAAUGCAGUGUGUCCUCUGGUCGUGAGGCUAAAGAGAUUUUAUGAGUUUUCCAUAAGGCUAGAAAAAGCUCUUCAGAGUUUAUUAGAAUCUCUGACCUGUCCACCCUAUACGCCAACCCAGCACCUGGAGCGGGAGCAAGCCCUGGCAAAGGAGUUUGCGGAAAUUCUACAUUUUACCCUUCGAUUCGAUGAGCUGAAGAUGAGGAACCCAGCUAUUCAGAAUGACUUCAGCUACUACAGAAGGACAAUAAGUCGCAAUCGCAUCAACAACAUGCAUCUAGACAUUGAGAAUGAAGUCAAUAAUGAGAUGGCCAAUCGAAUGUCCCUCUUCUAUGCAGAAGCCACGCCAAUGCUGAAAACCCUUAGCAAUGCCACGAUGCACUUUGUCUCCGAAAACAAAACCCUGCCAAUAGAGAACACGACAGACUGCCUCAGUACGAUGACAAGUGUUUGUAAAGUCAUGCUGGAAACUCCGGAGUACAGGAGUAGAUUUACGAGUGAAGAAACACUGAUGUUCUGCAUGAGGGUGAUGGUGGGGGUCAUCAUCCUCUACGACCACGUCCACCCUAUGGGAGCUUUCUGCAAGACAUCCAAGAUCGAUAUGAAAGGCUGUAUAAAAGUUUUGAAGGAACAGGCCCCGGACAGCGUGGAGGGGCUGCUGAAUGCCCUCAGAUGGAAGAAACUGAGAUUUAGAGAAGUCAAAUAACUUGUCAAAAGUCACAUAGCAGAUGGCCAAGCUAAGACCUAAACCCCGGUCUCUGCGACCCCGCAGGUCAUGGGCCUAACUCCUGGCCAUGCUGCUUUGUGGUUAGUGGGGACUCGUCAGAAGAAGCAGCUUCCCAGGUCUCACUUCCCCCUUCACUGGUGUUCCAAACCUGGCUGCACAUGAGAAUUAAUGUGGGUAGCUUUUGAAAGCAAUAAUACCCAGGCUCCAGCCCAGACCAAAUGAAUUAGAAUCUCUGGGGUGGGGCUCACACAUCCGUUCUGCGUUUGAUUGUUCUAAGGCUCCCUGGGUGUUCACAUGUGCAGCUGCCAGAAUUGAGAACCCUGCUCCACACUGUCUGGAUGCCAAGUAUUUGGCCACCUGUGCUUGUUACAGCCCCUCACUGAUACCAAGUAACGCCCAGUACCCUCUCUCCCAAGGAUACAUGUGCUUAAGCCACUUCAGGGAAGGGAUUCUUAUUUUUUUGCUGUGACAAAUU